CAUCAGUUGCUGCACAACUCGUUACGUCUGAUACCUAUAGCACGACCUUCGCAAGGCCACACGAUCACCAGCGGCCGCGUUCUUGCGGUUCUGCAUCAUCAAAUACAGGGGCGCCCACGCAGCUGUGGACGGACUUCCUGAUCGCCUUUGGUUUGUACGCGUCUGUGGAGCGCUGAAGGGCGCUGCUUGCGAACAGCUGUGUUUGAGCCAGCCCGGGCGUUAGGGGCUGCGGGUGACACUUGUUGCGAACUUUGCUCCACGCAGCGCAAGUACUGCGAGGAGCAUAGUGCGCAUUGUCAUGCUCAAGCUCAAAGCGGGGCCAGGCGUUGCUCAACAACGCGCUCCAUCGGGCUGCGCGCACGUUCCUUGCUUACGCCCACUAUCAGCGCCCGCUGCGGGGGUUCAGGCACGGUCGCUGAGCUGGGCAGGCGUGUCGGGGAGCCCAUGCCGAUGGCUUGCACCGCGCCAUCAUCGUUUGCAGCGACGCAUCGCUGCUGCUAGUGGCGGCCAGCAGCAGCCAUCCGAUGUGCGUGUGAAUGACGGCGGGAGCGAUGCAGUGUCGAACGGAGCUUCGCAGAAUGGAACCGGAAGCAGUGCGAAUGGUUACCAGCUCAGCACAAAUGGAGCUGCAGCGGCGCUGCCCUUGCCAGUGGCAUCGCCAGAGGUUGCAGAGGUCAUGAACACGCGGCCACAUCGCUGGAACGUGGUCGUAAUGAUUGCGGUCGCCUUUGUGCUGUGCAACAUGGACAAGGUAAACAUGUCGGUGGCGGUGAUACCCAUGGCGGCGGAGCUGGGGUGGUCCGCCACGGAGCGCGGCCUGGUGUCGUCGUCCUUCUUCUGGGGCUACUCCGCCACGCAGCUGCCCGCCGGCUACAUCAGCACCAAGAUCGGCGGCGCCAAGGUGCUGGCCGCCGGCGUGGCGCUGUGGUCGUUUGGCACGCUCAUCGCGCCGCCCGCCGCCCAGACGUCGCUGCUGGCGCUGUGCGCCACGCGUGUGCUGGUGGGCCUGGGCGAGGGCUUCGCCCCCAGCGCCGCCACCGCGGUGCUGGCCAAGCUGGUGCCCAGCACGGAGCGCUCGCGCGCCGUGGCGGCGGUGUGGGGCGGCCUGGACGUGGGCAGCGCAGUGGGCCUCCUGCUGUGCGGCCCGCUCAUCCGCAUGUUCGGCUGGCCGUCCGUGUUCUACCUGUUCGCGGUGCUGGGCCUGGUGUGGGUGGCGGCGUGGCCGCUGGUGCAGCCCGACAAGAUGGACCCGGACAUGAUUGCUGAGAACAAGAAGAAAGAACAGGAGCGCGCGACGCGGUUGGCGCUGGCUCAGGCGAACGAGGUGGCGGCGAGCGCGCUCGAGUCUGUGGACGAAACGCCGGUGAGCGCCACGUACGCCAAGCUGGAGAAGAGCCUGCCGCCGGACGGCAAGGUGCCCUGGGGCGAGUUCUUCAGGUCUCCCCCGGUGUGGGCGGUGACUGUGGCCCACUUCUGCUUCAACUGGGGCUACUACACGCUGCUGGCCUGGCUACCCAGCUACUUUGAGCUGGCGCUGGGCCUCAACGUGGAGCGCAGCUCCUUCCUCACGCUUAUCCCCUACAUUGCCAUGACCGCCAUGAUGCCGCUGGUGGGACCCGUGGCGGACGGCUGGGUGAAGAACGGCGUGCCGCUCACGCGCGUGCGCAAGAUCUGCCAGGGCAUUGCCUUCGUGGGCCCUGCCGUCUGCAUGAUUGCCUGCGCCAUCCUGACUCCGGCGGCGGCCGCCACCGCCAAGGCCGCGACCACUGGCGUGUCGGCCGCCGGCCCGGUGCUGACGGCCGUGCUGGUGGGCCUCAUGUCGGUGGCGUUCGCGCUGGGCGCCUGGUCGCGUGCGGGCCUGUACUGCAACCACCAGGACCUGUCGCCCAAGUACGCCUCGGCGCUGCUGGGCAUCACCAACACCGCCGGCGCCAUCCCCGGCGUGCUGGGCGUAACCAUGGCCGGCUACCUGCUGGACACCACCGCCUCCUGGGCCAACGCCCUGUUCAUCCCCACAGCCAUCUGCCAGCUGUUCGGCGCAGCCGUCUACACCUGGCUCGCCUCCUCGGAGCGCCAGAGCUGGAGCUAAGCAGCGCGCGGCGGGUAGGGGCCGAGGCAGAAGGCGGCAUGCAGGCAUGGUGGUAUUGAUGGCAGCAGCGAGUGGGCAGGGGAAGGCGACGGAGAAGUGGAAGAGGCGAUGCGCUGGUGGUUCGCGCCGGCCACUGUCGCAGCAAUGGGAGCAGCAGCGGGGGCUGGCAGCAGCAGCAGCAGCAGGAAGGCGCGGCAGUUGCUGCGGCGCGCACACGGGGGCCCGUUGUGGCUGGAGAACAGCUGCGGGCGAUGUAGCGGGCCCUGCCAGCCAUCCAGGUCUGGCCCAUCUUAUCCAGCACACACAGGCCGCUGUUAGUCGCAAGGCAGAGCAGCAUGCCAAGCCGCUGAGUGGAACGUUGCGGGGCGCACACAGUGGUUUUAGGCUUCGAAGCAUAGAGCAUCUACGGAGGUAAUGCAGCAGCGGCGCGGCAAGUUGCUUUCUGGACUGAGGAAGUGAUGGGCACGGGAGGUUGUGCCGUACGGGCACGCCUUUUUGAGCUGUUGGUCAUGGGGACACCUCGUCCGCGCAUGACUCUGUCCUCGCUGGUCGGUGCACAUGUUUGGCUGUGUAAAUGGUCACCCAGCACGUAGGUCGUUUUGCGGGCGGGCGUUGUGUGCGCACGACGGGGCCAUAUGUGUCGCACAUCGCUCGUGCGACUGAACUUCGCAGAGGGGCUCGGCGGCGGUUUCACGAGUCGACUGCGGUCUAAUGGCAUGUAUCGGACUGGUGGGCUAUCACGGGCAAUGCCAGGUGUAGUGGCUGCGCGCCUCAGACAGCGUUGCAUUUUUUGCGUUGAGUUUUUUCACAGAACCUUGGUGGGGAUGUGUGAUUCGGUGGUUCGUGCGCUAGAUACGUUGCCGUGGCAUAGAAUUGACUGUCUGCGGAGCGCUGGCGUUGUAUACCGUCAAUUCAGGUCUUGAGGGUGCCCAUCGAGCAAAUUCUCAUCGUUUUGGGGCUAUGGACAGGCUACUGCGGUGCGUGUGGGGCCGAGGAAGAUGAACUACGGUAGUGCAGGCAGGAAAGAGGGACGUAUGAGCAAAACAGCACACGGUAGGUCAGGCGAGAGAGGGUUCACCGCGUUGGGGGCGAGGAUGGCGGGGCUGCGCUCUGCGCUGCGCAGCGCAUGUUUCUGGUGGGUGCGGGCGUUUUCGCUGCGGGAGGGAACGAUGAAGCAACGAUGGAAGCAAGCCAUUGCGGUGCACCAUUGGACCGCGGGAGGCUUGGAGACUCUUGGGGCGGUAGUGAUGCGCGCACCCCUGUGAAUCUGGCUAAGUGUUUCUUUGAGUGACGAGACGGUGCAGGUACGACAUGGCCGGCAGUUGAGCAACGCGUACAGUUUUCCCCUUGCCCGUGUGAGCUCAGACAGGCGUGAACACAAUCUUACUCAGGCCACUGCACGAAAUGUGUUGUAAUUAACACGUCAU